GGAAAACGGCGGGGUCCGGAAUAAAGCGGGGGAGAGAGGAAAAGGGCCAGAGCCUGUUUUCCGGCUGCUGGAUUACAGGGCUGUGUCCUGCAACCUCUCUGGGCCUCUCCAGGCGAGGCUGAGCGGCUUUCCCUCACUGGUUUAGUGUGAAUUAACCGUGGGAGCUAUUCUGCUCCCAGGUGUGAAGUAUUUUUGAAGACAUCUGCACCGCCUGACUGGGAAAAGAUGGUCAACGUUUUGAAAGGAGUGCUUAUAGAAUGUGAUCCUGCCAUGAAACAGUUUCUCCUGUACUUGGAUGAAUCCAAUGCCCUAGGAAAAAAGUUCAUCAUUCAAGAUAUUGAUGACACUCAUGUCUUUGUAAUAGCAGAGUUGGUUAAUAUCCUCCAGGAGCGAGUGGGCGAAUUAAUGGACCAAAAUGCUUUUUCUCUUACCCAGAAGUGAAAAUACUAGAUAUUGGACACUGAAAAAUUCUAAGAAACACCUGAAAAACUAUCUUUCUUCAGUAUCUUAAUUUGACUGUUGACUGUUUUGAGGAUUCCUUAGGAGCAUGCUGUGGGAAAGUGUGUGAUCAUUUGUUCAAAUCCCCUGAAGCAACUUUGUUUUUAAAAAAAGGCUUUAAUGAUUGGCUGUAAUUUGGCUUUUAUUAUCUUUUAUGAAAAUAUAAAUGUUUCUCUUUUGUGUGUAUGUGUGUGUUACUGGAUAUCAACAGCCUCAUGUAUUCUAGGCCAGCACU